AUGUUUCAAAACUUUAUUUCAGACUAUCCCUGUAAGAAAGAUAUAUGGAUUCUUUGGGACAACUCAUAUUCGUUGGGAGAAAAAGCAUUUCAAGAUGAGGUUAGACCGUUUAUGAAAAACCUCAUUAACAGCACAAACCUGAAUGUGGGCCCAAAUGGUACGCAUAUUGGCAUUUUAUCUUUCAGUACACAGGCGAAUACUAGAGUGCUAUUGGAACUAGGAGAAAAGAAAACUCGGGACGAACUACUUUACUACCUCGAUUGUUUAAAGUACAACCGAAUUUCUGGAAAUGGUACUCGAACUGGAAUGGCAUUGAAAAUAGCUGAUGAGGUGAAAUCAUCGUUUAAACACCAUAUCGUAAAACGUUAUUGUGCUUUGCUUCAUGAAAUGCUUGAAAGUGGCCGAUAGAGCAAACAGUACAGCGUACCUCAGAGUUUCCAUUAUGGCAUGUUUCAUCCAAUGAAGCUAGGGAUGACCAUGUGAAAUGCCGAGCACUCUACUUCUUACUUUUCUUAGACUAGCAUAGUUACAACAUGCACAGUCAAAGUGAUUUACCAGUUUAGUAGAAGUAGGCUAAUUUAUGAUGCUAACAGGUUUGUGUGACGUUUACGUCGCAUGACGUGCGCACACACCCCAAAUAAAACUACUCUUUUCUUAACAUUAUCAGGAUAACCACAGAUAUUCUGUUUACGCAUGCAGCACAUGACCUAUACUCACACGCCAGGUAGUAAAAUAACCAGGUGGCUUUCAGGUAGUAAAAUGAAUGACUAACCCCGGAUACCUUUGAGGGUGGUAAAGGAGAGGGGGGGGGGGGGGGGAAAUACAUGCAUGCAGCAACCUCUCGUCUAUAUUUUCCAAACAUGAUUUACAUGAAGUAUUCGGAAAUUACCAACACUGAACGCAGGCUCGCUUCUGCCUCAAGUGUUGCCAUGGCAACAAUAUAUUAUAAAAUUUUAAAUUUUUAAAAUCUUUUUAAAAAUAUAUACAUAGGUAGUAUACACGCUGUAAAAUUGUUACAUCAAAAGCACUGCUGUUCUUCACUUUCGCACUUUUCUCUACUCGUCCAAAAAAAUGCCAUAAUAGCAAUUCAUGGCUUACGAAAAUGCCCUUUACCACCCUCACCUUUGUCAUUGGUCUCAUUGGGACGUAAUAAUUCGUCCUCCCCCAUUGGUGGCGCCACUGCAAAAAAGCUGUUACAAAUCUCUUCCAAACUCAGACCGGUAAACUGCACAUUAAAACUAAACGAAACAUUUUUUAUUCAAUGUAGAAAUUCCCGUGGGUUAGUCCGCAAAAUUAUCGGGCAGAUGUGGGAGAUGUGAUCUUGAUUUUCACAAACGGAGAACCGGUCAGACGCCCAGGUGAAGACAACUUUGGCGACAAAUACAAAAGUAGCCGUUUUGGAGAAAGCAUGUUAGCUAAGGACCGAGCUCAAAAUCUCAGAAGUAGAGAUAUCGUUGUGGCUCAACUGGCGGUUGGAACAAACUAUACGUUGAGAAAAUUCAGAAAGAAUGUUAAAGAAUGGUCGCCGGCAGAGAUUUAUUUUGAAAUGAACAAAUACCAUCUGGAAAGCAACAAUACCAUCAUGGUCGAACUCAUUAGAUCUUUCGGCAUCAAAG